AUUUUAGAUGAUGUACAGUGCCCUAUUGACCAUCAUUGGAAUGAUUGCCAUGGCAAUACGUGCAGAAGAUGGAGAGCUUAACUUGGGCCGUCAUUACUAUGAAGGAGAUAUUCGUCUCACCCAGAAACAGGAAGCUUGGCUAGAGAAAUCUAGCGAUGGUUCACAUGUAAGAGCACUAACCAGCGACCAAGAUCGCCUAUGGCCCAAUGGCGAGGUUCCAUAUGUUAUCGACCCUUCAUUGAGAGAUGAAUCCAAACAGAACAUACAACAAGCUGCACAACACUGGAAUAGCARAACUGAUCACUGUAUUAAAAUUAUACCAAAACAGCCAUCACACCAAAACUAUGUUGAGUUUGUCUAUGAUGGAGGAUGUUCAUCCAAUCUUGGGAUGCUUGGCACCGGGCGGCAAACGAUUUCGGUGGGUGAUGGGUYGACGGUCAUUUGUGGAUUGGGUAACAUUAUACACGAAAUUGCACACGUUAUUGGUUUCUUCCACGAGCACAGCAGACCGGACAGGGACACGUACAUUCGAGUGACGUGGGACAGUAUUAAACCAGGGUACGAAAAAAACUUCUACAAAAUGCCACCGGCAACCAUYAAUUCUCAUGGUGUAGGGUAYGAUUACGGCUCUGUGACGCACUACGGAGAAAAAUUCUUCACCAAAACCGGCGAACCGACCAUCGUUCCUCUACAACCUGUUCCCACAGACGUCACGAUCGGACAACGCRUUGGCCUGAGUAAUAUGGAUAUACAGCAAGCGAAAUUAUUGUAUGGUUGCCCUGCUUCAGUUACCAAAAGUACAGUAGAGGUGCCACUGACAGACAAGGGAGAAGAGAGAAAAAUGGCGAUACGGCGAYACAGCAAGUCUGACGACAAAUCACGCGCUAAAACACAUGCAAGUAAAGUGCGGGAUAGUAAUAUKGAAGGAGAGCAAGAUGAAGCUUCUACAAGAAACGACCAGUCUUCAACUAAGAGUAAAUCCAAGGGAAUUGAAGAUAAAACCGCUAAGAAAAGGAGAAAAGCUAUUGGACAAGAAGAUAAAGUGGUGGUUAGCGAGCAAAACAACAAAUCAUUUGAAUUAAAUGGAGAGCUCAACCUUGGCCACCAUUAUUUUGAAGGCGACGUUCUUCUUACUCCAAAUCAAAGUGAAAUGUUGAAAAAGGCACGAAUGAAAGAUGGGCUGCAUUCUAGAGGAUUGACAAAUGACAUCUCAAAGCUAUGGCCAAAUGGAGUUGUACCAUAUGUCUUUGGACUUGGCCUUAGACCUAGAAUCAAAGGUAUUAUUCUUUCUGCUAUUAAAGAGUGGAACACCAAGACAAAAUGUAUAAACAUAAGACCCAAGUCAGCACAAGAUUUCCACUAUAUCGAGUUUGCUUAUCAGGGGGGGUGUUCAUCGUACAUUGGUAUGGUCGGUAAUAGACAAUUCCUCUCCGUGGGAGGUCCAAAAAUUCAAUGCCAAUAUGGAAAUAUAGUUCACGAACUUGGACAUGCAUURGGAUUCUAUCAUGAGCAAAGCAGACCAGACAGAGAUCAACAUGUAAAAAUCAUAUGGGAUAACAUUAAAGACGGAUAUAAAGUUAACUUCGAAGGAGAGACCACAUCAACUAUCGAUUCUCGUGGAAUCAAAUACGAUUUCGACUCAAUCAUGCACUAUGGAGAUAAGUUUUUCUCAAAGAAGCCUUGGUUAAAAACUAUUGAAACCAAGCCUAAACCAGGGAAACCUAUUGGUCAGCGGAGAGGUCUUAGUGAUCUAGAUAUCAAGCAAGCUAAUUUGCUUUAUAACAAAUGCAAUGGUGUCCGUAAAAACACAGUGACCAUUCCACCAGACAUUGUUAUUGCAACUAAAGCUGCAUCAACAAUAAGCACACCAGCCAGGAAAUCACGAAUUCUCAAUUUGGCGGUUAAAAAGUUUGUCAAAAACGUUAGCAGCAAAUCUGGACAAGGAAAAAUAAUCUCUGGCACCAUAUCGAAGCAUAGCGAAAUAUUCGAUACGGAGUCCGAUCCAAUGAUCGAUGCAGAUGAUACGGGAGUUGCGACAAUGGAUCCUAAAAAAUCAAAUGCUUUAAGUUCUAAGGAAAAGAAGCUAUUUCAACAAAUUACUAAUAACAAAGCGGCAGAUAUUGAACAGAUAAGCGGCGAGGAAAACAUAGGAAAGCACUACUUUGAAGGAGACAUGAUGCUAUCCAACGAACAGAAGCAAUGGUUUGACAGUGCGAUGGUUGGAAGUAAUCCUGCAAAGAAAAGAGCAUUGAUUAAGAAUCCAACGUAUUUAUGGAAGUCACAUACAGUGCCGUACGUCUUCCAUAAAAGCGUAGAUAAGAUUGGAGUUAGAUUUGCAAAACUAGCGAUGAAGCAUUGGAAAUACCACACUUGCCUACGUUUUCCUAAGAGAAAGAAUGAGAAAGAUUACAUCAUGUUUGUAUUCGAAGGGGGUUGUUCUUCUCGUGUUGGCCGAGUUGGGGGUAUGCAAAAAAUCAACAUUGGUGCUGUAAAUAGGUACUGCAAAAGGGGCAACGUUAUUCACGAGAUUGGCCACGCCCUUGGAUUCUUCCACGAACAAAGCAGAACAGACAGAGACCAAUAUGUUASAAUUAUUAAAAAGAAUGUCAUUGGAUGGUAUCGCAACAACUUCCUCAAAUUUGACGAGAGCUUCGUGGAUGARCGAGGUGUUCCAUAUGACUACAACUCAGUCAUGCACUACGGUCGAUCCUUCUUUUCUAGAAACCAUUUUUUCUACCCAACUAUUGUCCCUCUCUUUAAAACAAUUCAUGACAGACCGGUKAAGAUAGGUCAACGAUAUGGGCUGAGCGAUAUGGACAUACUACAGGCAAAUUUACUUUAUAAUUGCAAAGGUGAGAAACGCUUGACAGAAGAAAAGAGCAACAAGCUUUACGAGAAAACACAGGGAGUCAUUGAAAUAGAAAAGGACAACCAAGCUCUAGGGUCAUGCCAAGACAGAUACGAUGAUAAGGCAUGCUUAAAGAUCAAGUCGUUUGGUUAUUGUGAAAGAUUCCCACGUACACUGAGACACGCCUGCGGUCAAACUUGUCAACUUUGUGGUACCACUCCACCAAAUACUUUAUAACCAAAAGAAUAGUGUUGGGAUAGCAAUUCAACUACUCUACCUGAAAAACACCCAAUCAAGGGAGUGAUAAUACAAAAUAAACCCAACUUAUUAUCCAGCCAGGUUUGGAGUUCAUAGUGAUUAGCGAUAGUGUAAGGAACAAGAGACAGCAACACCAGUAACAGCACUUCUUCUCCAACCAUUGUAUAACAAUAUUACAAAGUUAUUCCAUUAAAGAAUGAGGACUUUUAUAUAGGACGCACAGAUAUGAGUCAAUUACAAUCAAAUCCUAGCAGUUUGCAAUCAUUUUUGUCCGCAGUGAUAAAGAAAUGUAUCUUAAAUUUAAUAAUUCUGCUCGUUACGUUGUAUUUACAUAACUGUCACAAGGUUAUAUUAGGACUGAAAUAACGAUUGAUGCGACUAUUGCCCGUUCCGGAAUUCAAAAAGGGACUGGUGACUAGUCACAAACUCGAUACUGUUUGAAGAAAUCAAAAAAACAGACACCAGGACAAGAAAUACAAACAUUAGUAUAGCUGCUGAGUUUGAGUGUAUUCGGAUUAAUAAUUACAGAGUUUCAAGCAUUUAAAACUCGAAAAAAUUACAAAGAAUGAAAAAAUCCCUACUCGGUGAAUAUUUAACCAAAUAUGCUCAAAAUUGACAAGAACACUUAUUUUAGUGUGGUCUUUCAUGUGGUGAGGUUCAGUUUUCGAUGAAUGUAAUAUUUUCACACUCGUUCCCAGUCUCUUUUUGAAUACUUAACAUAAAUGUGAUAUUUAUAACAGUUACACUACCGCGGUAUAUCAAUUACUUAAUCAAUCGUUAAUGGUUCAUACAAGUAUUUCACGCAUGGAGUGUCAAUACAGUAUUUUAGAUAAUAUAUAAAUCUAAAUAAAACUUGAAUAAAAUGAU